GUGGCGAGCUCUACGCCACCUACAACCGCAAAGGCUUUCACGGCAGCGCAAGACAUGCCAAGUUCUACGCGGCUGGCGUCGUGCUCGCCUUCGAGCACCUCCACGAGCGGCGCAUCGUGUACCGAGACCUGAAGCCGGAGAACCUGCUGCUGAACGAGCUCGGGCGCCUCAAGCUCACAGACAUGG